AUGUCUAUGAAAUGGACUUCAGCUCUUCUGCUGAUACAGCUGAGCUGUUACUUGAGCUCUGGGAGUUGUGGAAAGGUGCUGGUGUGGCCCACAGAAUUCAGCCAUUGGAUGAAUAUAAAGACAAUCCUGGAUGAGCUUGUCCAGAGAGGUCAUGAGGUGACUGUAUUGGCAUAUUCUCCUUCCAUUCUUCCUGAUCCCAAAAACCCAUCCGCUCUUAAAUUUGAAAUUUGUUCUACAUCUUUAACUGAAACUGAGUUUAAUGAUAGCGUCACACAACUGGUUAAGAGAUGGUCAGACGUUCCAAAAGACACAUUUUGGCCACAUUUUUUGCAAGUACAAGAAAUGAUGUGGACAUAUGGUGACAUGAUUAGACAGUUCUGUAAAGAUGUGGUUUCUAAUAAGAAACUUAUGAAGAAACUACAGGAGGCAAGAUUUGAUGUUGUUCUUGCAGAUCCUAUUUCCCCCUGUGGUGAGCUGCUGGCUGAGCUACUUAAAAUACCCUUUGUGUACAGCCUCCGCUUCUCUCUUGGCUACACAAUUGAAAAGCAUGGUGGAGGAUUUCUACUCCCUCCUUCCUACGUACCUGUUGUUAUGUCAGAAUUCAGUGAUCAAAUGAGUUUCAUGGAGAGAGUAAAAAAUAUGAUCUAUAUGAUUUAUUUUGACUUUUGGUUCCAAGGAUGGGAUAUGAAGAAGUGGAAUCAGUUUUACAGUGAAGUUCUAGGAAGACCUACUACAUUAUUCGAGACAAUGGCAAAAGCUGAGAUAUGGCUUAUUCGAAACUACUGGGAUUUUCAGUUUCCUCACCCACUCUUACCAAAUGUUGAGUUCGUUGGAGGACUCCACUGCAAACCUGCCAAACCCCUACCUAAGGAAAUGGAAGAGUUUGUCCAGAGCUCUGGAGAAAAUGGUAUUGUGGUGUUUUCUCUGGGGUCGAUGAUCAGUAACAUGUCAGAAGAAAGGGCCAACGUAAUUGCAUCAGCCUUUGCCAAGAUCCCACAAAAGGUUCUGUGGAGAUUUGAUGGGAAUAAACCAGAUACCUUAGGACUCAAUACUCAGCUGCACAAGUGGCUACCCCAGAAUGAUCUUCUUGGUCAUCCAAAAACCAGAGCUUUUAUAACUCAUGGUGGAGCCAAUGGCAUCUACGAGGCGAUCUACCAUGGGGUCCCCAUGGUGGGCGUUCCAUUGUUUGCCGAUCAGCUUGAUAACAUUGCUCACAUGAAGGCCAAGGGCGCAGCUGUUAGUUUGGACUUCAACACAAUGUCAAGUACAGACUUACUCCAUGCACUGAAAACAGUAAUUAAUGAUCCUUUAUAUAAAGAGAAUGCUAUGAAAUUAUCAAGCAUUCAUCAUGAUCAACCAGUGAAGCCCCUGGAUCGAGCAGUCUUCUGGAUUGAAUUUGUCAUGCGCCAUAAAGGAGCCAAACACCUUCGGGUUGCUGCCUACGACCUCACCUGGUUCCAGUACCACUCUUUGGAUGUGAUUGGAUUCCUGCUGGUCUGUGUGGCAACUGUGAUUUUCAUCAUCACAAAAUGUCUGUUUUGUGUCUGGAAGUUUGUUAGAACAGGAAAGAAGGGAAAAAGAGAUUAA